AGAGUAGUUCCGGGCUGGGAUUCCUGACCUAGUGGAAUUAGUGAAAGAGCUCCUUUUCACUGUCUGAAGUGUUCCGGGUGGGAUCUAAGUGACGUUGUCUUCCUAGUUCUAGUCGUUUUGCUGUGCGAUAGGGAGGGGGGCGGAGAAGGCGAGCCUGCGAGGGCGUUCUCGCUAAUGGGUUGCGCGCUCGGCUUCCGGUGGCCUGAAGAAACUAAGUUGGAAUCUACAGAGCGGUGGCGGGCGCCCGCACUUGUCUGACUCGACCGGCGCUGCGCUGACCGAAGCGUCCGGAUUCAUUCUCGGACUUCUUUCAAUAAGACUGUGAGAAAUAACAGUAACCAUCAAGAAGGAAAAUGUCGGUGACACUGCAUACGGAUGUAGGUGAUAUUAAAAUAGAAAUCUUCUGUGAGAGGACACCCAAAACAUGUGAAAAUUUCUUGGCUCUCUGUGCCAGUAAUUACUACAAUGGCUGUAUAUUUCAUAGAAAUAUCAAAGGUUUCAUGGUUCAAACAGGAGACCCCACAGGUACUGGAAGAGGAGGUAACAGUAUCUGGGGCAAGAAAUUUGAGGAUGAAUACAGUGAAUAUCUUAAGCACAAUGUUAGAGGUGUUGUAUCUAUGGCUAAUAAUGGCCCAAACACCAAUGGAUCACAGUUUUUCAUCACCUAUGGCAAGCAGCCACAUUUGGACAUGAAGUACACAGUAUUUGGAAAGGUAAUAGAUGGUCUGGAGACUCUAGAUGAAUUGGAGAAGUUACCAGUAAAUGAGAAGACAUACCGACCUCUUAAUGAUGUACACAUUAAGGAUAUAACUAUUCAUGCCAACCCAUUUGCUCAAUAGCUAUAAUGGACAUGGACAAAUACUUGGCACAGUAUUUGAGGAACACACCUAUUGUUGUUUAUCCAGUUUUAAUUAUGUCAGAGAUUGCAUCAUCCUGCUUGUUUACAACUAAGAUCUCCUGAGUUAGUGGUACCAAAGGGAACCAAAUAGCUUUUACUCCCAUUCUUGAGCAUAUUCUUUUCUAUAACUAUUAUCCAAUGUGUUUAAUUUUCUAAACAUGUUUAAUUUUUGUUACAUAGAAACAUUCAUUUUUAAAUGCUGAGCCUCAUAUCAGUCAUUUUUGAGCACCCUAAUUAUAAACUCCUACUAUAUCUAGACCACAUCAUGGAAGUAUUAUUUUCCAUAGUUGUUCACUUUGUGCAGCUAGAGAGAGGAAGGGCAAGAUAAAGAGAUGGUAUAGAGGCUAGCCAAUGUAUUUGCUAUUUUCUUUGGUCUUUAGAUUUAUAAUAAAGGCUCAGAGAUAUCCUAGAGUCCAGUAAA